GUGUCAGUGCCAAUUGCCUGCAGCCCUGCCUGUGCCUGCUCCGAGCUCCGGACUAGUGCAAACAGUUGGGAGAGCAGGUUAGACUGAGUGAGUGACAUCCCUGGCCGGGCACCCACAGGAGCAGCAUGGCCGUGUCUGCACCUCCAGUCAUCAACGCAACUUCCACCCCGGCCUCAGGAGGCUUGUACUCCAGCAGCAGCCCGGCAGCGGAGUCCCCUCGACUGGGAAUGCUCAGCAGCUUUGUCCCGUCCGGUUCCAGCCCUCUGGCAGGGAGCAGCAGUGAGUGCCGGAUGGUGGACCUGCAUGGGGCCAAGGUAGCUUCGUUUGUGCUAGAGGGGCAGGAGCUGAUCUGCCUACCCCAGGUGUUCGACCUGUUCCUAAAGCACCUGGUUGGGGGGCUGCACACGGUCUACACCAAGCUCAAGAGACUGGAUAUAACGCCGGUAGUGUGCACGGUGGAACAGGUCCGGGUGCUGCGGGGACUGGGAGCAAUCCAGCCUGGGGUCAAUCGCUGCAAGCUCAUCUCCCGGAGAGACUUCGAGACUUUGUACAACGACUGCACCAAUGCCAGCUCCCGACCAGGAAGACCUCCAAAACGGUCACUAGGAGUUGGAAUCCAAGAAAAUGCCCGUCUACUGCCUCACGGAGUUCCAGGUCUCUUAUCACCAGGACUGCUAUCUCCCACAGGCCUGACAGCUGCUGCUAUGGCAGAGGCCAUGAAACUACAGAAGAUGAAGAUGAUGGCAAUAAACAGCCUUCAUGGAAGUGGCAGCCAGAAUGGGACUGAGUCUGAGAAUGAAGAACUCAACUCAAAUGCAGACACAAGUGCACUACGCUUAUUGAUGCAGGAUGCUGAUGAAACUCUGGACCCACUGCCUGGUCCAGAAGUGGCAGUAGCUCCAAAGAUUAGAUGCUGGACCGAAGGUUUAACUUCCGAGCCUAUAAGUCUAAUAUGGACCAAGAAUUGUUUCAUACUUCCAUCUUCUGGCAUUAUGGGAGGAAAGGGUGGAAGUGAAUCUUCAUGGGACAAAGACAAGUUGCAGUCUCCGAUCACAACUGGAUCUCAGCAUGGCAUAGGACAUGUCACUCUGUCAGGUCAAGCCAGCCUUGGUGCUCAUCCACUAAGUCCUCUCCAGCAAAACCACUUGCUAGCCAACAGAUUAGAUUUACCAUUUAUGAUGAUGCCCCACCCCCUCCUUCCAGUCAGCCUACCUCCUGCAUCUGUUGCCAUGGCAAUGAAUCAGAUGAAUCACCUAAAUACUAUAGCUAACAUGGCUGCAGCUGCCCAGAUGCACAGUCCUCUGUCCAGAGUGGGAGCCUCUGUUAUAAAGGAGAGGAUACAGGAUACUCCAUCCCCUGCUCCAUCCAUAGAAGACACCCAGCGACCUGGGAGCCAUGCAUCCUCACAUCAAAGCAGUAGUGUAUCAAGCUCGCCCUCGCAACUUGACAAUAUACCAGAUCGAGUUGCUCUGCUACCAAACUCCAGAGAAGGUGAGAUCACUGACCAAGAUACUGGAUCCAGUAUGAAAAAGAUGUUAAAAGAGAAAGAUGAAAUCCAGAUUGCUAUUCCAAUUAUGAAACCAACUUUGGAUAAAGUACAACUGGCUGGACAAACAUUACCCCCAGGAUUCCCUUCGCCUUUUCUCUUUGCUGAUGGACUAUCAUCAGUAGAAACUCUUUUAACCAACAUUCAGGGCCUUCUAAAAGUUGCAGUUGAUAAUGCCAGAGUACAAGAGAAGCAAAUACAGCAAGAAAAGAAAGAAUUAAAAAUGGAACUUUGCAGAGAACGAGAACUUCGAGAAAAUCUUGAGAGGCAACUGACUGCAGAAUUACAGAGUCGAGCAACAAUUCAAAAGCGCUUGAAGAAAGAGAAAAAAGCCAAGAGAAAAUUGCAGGAAGCUCUGGAGUUUGAGUCAAAACGAAGAGAACAAGUUGAACAGGCACUUAAACAAGCCACCUCAGGAGAGGGUCUCCGAAUGUUAAAUGAUGCCUGCAUCCCAGAGAUGGAAACAGAACACAAUGGGUCUCAACACGACAGCCCACCAAUGCAAGAAAACCGGACGUACAUAAAGCCACCAAUAAUGUACUGAGGGAAGACCUGUCGGAGAUUGCUAUUUGAAGAUUACACUGUUCAUGAAAAGGGUCCCUCCCAGCCUUUGAUGCCUUUAUUAUAGAAAGAAAAAAAAUAUGAAUAGAGCAUGAAACUUGAAGGACGUUUUCGGAACUGUUGUAGCGGUUGCUGCAUCAACAACUGCCAUGUCAUUUUAGUAAUAAUGAGAGAUUUUUCUGCAAAGUUUCCAUAGAAAAGCCAACCAAAAGGACACUGUUAGUGUGUAGGCCCCAAAUAGAGUUGUUUUGACAUUGUAAGCACAUGUAAAACAAAUCUCCACUUUCUCUCAACUAAAAAUUCAGAUGGGACUCCAACACUUUGUAUUAAAUAACCAUUUUGCCCCCUAAGAUAAAAUAAUAAGAAGAAUUCAGUUAAGUGGGAGGCUAAUGCCUAAUGAAAACAUUACACUACACUCCAAAAAGUCCUUUCCAGCUUUCAUUGUGGCUGAAAUGGAACUUCUUAAUGGCUAAUACCACUCAUCACAGAACAAUAUAAUUGUGUUUAUAAAUCUAGCUUUGUUUAUUGAAGCUGAUACUCAAUAUAUAUUACAUUUUCAAAAGAAAUGUGUGUACAUUUUUUUAAUAAAACAAUGCUGUACAAAUUAUUCUUUCAUUAGAUGACCGAAUAAAGUGCACGGAUGUUGCCCUGGCUGCUGGAACACCUUCUUAUGUCCAGCUCAGCAUUUGGUCUUUUAAGAGAAACGAUCAUACAGUAGAAUGUUAGAUAAUGGGACCUUUUAAGUAUGGAUUCUCUGUUGUACCAUAUUAAGUUAAAGUAUAACUUCUUUGUUAAAAUGUUCUUGCUAAAAUACAGUAUUAAAACAUUUUUGUUUGACUUUGGAAAUCUUUCAUUUUUAAUGCCUAAUUUAAUGUAUUAUAUGAAACUGAACAGUAAAAGCCUGUUAAACAAUUUGACUGUGUCCCACUACAAGAUUGGUUUAAUAAAAACAAACAAAAUACACCAAUGUUAAA